UCCUGGGCGUCUCUUUAUGGUACGGCUGAGGCUCUCUAGCCCGCGCCCGCCGUCCUCUCAGUGGUAGCGCGGGCAAGAGAGGAAAGAGCUGGCGGCCGAGUGGGCUCUCGGCGAAUGCGGGUGCAGCCGGAGCUCCGCAGAGGACGGUACGAGCUGAGGGUGAUCAGCACAUGACCUGCUAGAGAGAGAGAGAUUUCUAGGUAAAAUCAAACAAGGAAGAUUUGCCAGAAUCAAGAGUGAUGGAUCCAUGUUCAGUUGGAGUUCAGCUUCGUACCACAAAUGAGUGCCAUAAAACCUACUACACUCGUCACACGGGUUUCAAGACUUUGCAAGAAUUGUCAUCAAAUGAUAUGCUUUUACUUCAACUUAGAACUGGAAUGACACUUUCUGGGAACAAUACCAUUUGCUUCCAUCAUGCAAAAAUUUACAUUGACAGAUUUGAGGAUUUGCAGAAGUCAUGUUGUGACCCAUUUAACAUACACAAAAAGCUAGCCAAAAAAAAUUUGCAUGUAAUUGACUUAGACGAUGCCACUUUUCUGAGUGCAAAAUUUGGAAGACAGCUUGUACCUGGAUGGAAGCUUUGUCCAAAAUGUACACAAAUAAUCAAUGGAAGUGUGGAUGUUGAUUCUGAAGACCGGCAGAGAAGAAAACCUGAUUCAGAUGGAAGAACUGCUAAAGCUUUGAGGUCAUUGCAAUUUGCAAACCCAGGAAAGCAAACUGAAUUUGCUCCAGAAACUGGUAAAAGAGAAAAAAGAAGGCUCACAAAAAAUGCUACCGCUGGUUCUGACAGACAAGUGAUACCAGCGAAGAGUAAGGUCUAUGAUAGCCAGGGUCUCCUGAUUUUCAGUGGAAUGGACCUUUGUGACUGCCUUGAUGAAGACUGUUUAGGAUGUUUCUAUGCUUGUCCUGCCUGUGGGUCCACCAAAUGUGGAGCUGAGUGCCGCUGUGACCGCAAGUGGCUAUAUGAACAGAUCGAAAUUGAAGGAGGAGAAAUCAUUCAUAAUAAACAUGCUGGAUAAUUUUUGGUAUCAAAUUAUGGGAUCUUUAAAGAUCCCUUCUUUAUUUCUAAAACUCCGUCAUUCUAAGAUACAUUUUAAAGUUGAUUGCCAAAUGAUGAAGAUUUGAAAACCACCUCGACACGCACUCAUUGUGCACUAAUGUUGCAUUUAGGGUGCUUUAAGAUUCAUUAUUUGAUAGAAAUUUAGAUGGGCUCUUCCUCAGCAGUCAGCUUUAAGCCUGUCCAGGUCAAUGUCAACAGGUAGGUAAAGGCAGUCCUCCAUUAGCUGAGCUCAAAUUUCAGUUAAGACAGUAUAUACUGUCUUAAGCAGUUACAUGAGGUACAAACUGCCCUGCUAGCUCUUUGGUCCACAAAUCAUUAUGUAACAGAUGUGCUUCAUUAUCACUGACCAAUCACAGUACUUCUCUCAAAUUCUGCUCGUGAUCGGUUACUGCACAUCUGUCAUUCAGUUUGCACAUAGACAGCAAAGCUUGUGGAUAUGUUGUCUCCGUGUCGCCCAUGGGACAUUUUAUAAAAGUGGAUCAUCAAAAGAACUGACCAACAAAGAUAAAAGUGAGUGAAGAAAUGAAAAAUGAUAACGCUAGACAUGAGAUUUGAAAUGACAGUAAAUGGGGUUGUAGAAGAAAUCAUUGAUGGGAAUGUUGGCACUGCUAUUCUAGAGCCUCAGCUAGGGGAACCUCGUGGAGGCAAGCUUAACAUAAAUAGAGCAAUUGGUUGUGAUGAGAAGGUCGAAUAUAUUCCAGAGGCAGCGAUGCUAAAAACUUCAUUUAAAGGAAAUUAGAGUUGUUUAACAACAUUGGAAGUACAAAUGAUAAAAUGGUGGAAGCUGAUCCAAACUUGAGUAUGAUAGUUUGCAGUGGUUAUAGAGUAAAUACUUAGUAUCCAAAGUUAACAAAAAGGCAAGCACUCUCCAGACCACUCUUAAUUAGUUUUUUAACAAUGAAAUGACACUUUAAUUCUCAGAAUUCUCAGUGUUUCUAAUGUUUAAAUUAGAGUGUACUAAAAUCCUUCUUUUUACAAUGUUUUCAUUUUCUUUUAUUUAUAACUGACCAAGUUUUUAAUAUUUUGCUGGAUUUUUAAAGGUCAAAGAACAUUUUCCCCGUUGAUUAUUAAGAUUGCUUUGGAUGGCCAUGUUUGUGGUCCUACACCACUAUGCAAGCCAAGGACGAUAGCUGAGAACAGUGCCCACCUACUUCAGGAAAAGUUAAUUUUGAUAAAACUUGGUGGUUGAGUGUUAAAAAUAUUUUAGAAAUAAUCUACCCUAUCUGUGUGCUAAAAUUGUCUCGCAACUUACCCUUAAAAAAAAGUUUUAGUAUUGCGAACCUUUCAUGGUUUAGAUCAUACAUUUUUGGUGAGAAUUUGUUGUUGAUGGCAAAAAUUUCAUUCUAUGUAUAAAGCAUGGAUAAAUAUAUACAAUACAUAAACAGGGAUACAUUGUAUCUAUGGUAUUAAAGUUUUAUAGGGUGGCAAUUAGGAUUAAAAGGCCUAAAAAAGGCUUUAAGGUAGUAAGAAUGGAAAAAAAAAAAAAACAAGUUAAAGAAACCCUAGUUGAGAGAGAAUAUAAAUUAUUUGGAAAUUGGCUGAAUCUUGAUAUACAGGUUUUGUGUGAAAUUUGUAUGGGUGCUGUUGGGAGGAUGAGAGUGAGUGAUAACCUUUCUGCUCUUUUUUUUUAAGCAGCUACUUGUCUAAAAUCUUUUAUCAUCUAGGAGAUUGCCACUAAACUAGGUUUUUGCUUUGUUUUUCCUAAAUUAGAGUACUUGGAAUCUGAUUGAGCUUUCAGCAGUUUAAAAUGCUUUUUAGCCAUUGAAAUGAAAUUUAUACAGCCAGUUUGAUUGAACUGACCAGUAGGGUUUAUUUUUAUUCCUGUAUACUUUUGGUAUCUGUUGAACAGAUUUUACUUUGAUGGAAUGCCAUUUUGAACCAUGGAAUUGUCAUUAAGUUACAAUUGUUCACUGACCUAAUUAUCAGAAGUAUGGUUAGUAUCAGUUCUUCAAUUCACAUUUCAACAGAGCACUGGCAAAAAAAACUAUUUUGGAUUUAUAUACUUAAAUCAGAUACUAGAUUUUUUUUUUCUGAAUUAAGGAAGUAUUUUGUUAUAGAGGAUACACAGACUUCCAAUUUUAUCUGGGUUCAUACUAUUUAAUGAACUGGGGUCAUUAGACAUUAGUUGCAUUAUGUUUUUGUUGGUUCUAAGUAAGUACGAUUUAGUAUCUUGCUUAAGCCAUUCUGUAGAGACAAAUUUAAAUCUCAGAUUUUUUUUGUUGUUUAAAACAGGAAUAUAUUUUCAAAAGAAUAAAUGGCUAUAAAAUUCAACUUGUCUAUAUUUCAGCAUUCCUUAGUAGAACAUUUCUGUUACCUUUCAAAGAUGGUAAUAGUUAAUUUAAGCUUCAAGGGUAAAUUUCUGGAACAAUUUUGCUUAUAUUUGUUCAUUAUACCUUAAGAGACCAGACUUUGUGAACAUGCACAAUGUUUACAGAGAGGUGUAUCUAAUUUAGAGUGCGCUAUAAUAAAAGCUGUGUUUUGGAAAAAUUA